UUUCACUGGAAGUGCAGAUCACACCAAGUCAGGGUGAGAUUAGUCUUGGAGAAUCCAAAUUCUUCAUGUGUGAAGUUGUAGGUGUUGCCAAGCAGAUAGACUGGUUUGGACCAAGCGGGGACAGGAUAGAACCAAACAGACCAGACAUAACAGUAACCCGUAACGAUGAGUCAUCUUCCACCCUCACACUGUAUAAAGCUGGGACUGAAAAUGCAGGGACAUACAAAUGUGUCGCUACCAAUGGAGACCUGCAAGGGGAGUCAACCGUCAGAGUGAAAAUCUUCCAAAAAAUCACCUUCACAAACGCACCGUCACCCCAAGAGUUUACCGAAGGAGACAAUGCCAACAUAAUUUGUGAUGUCAUCAGUUCGCCGCCACCCACUGUCUUCUGGAAAUACAAAGGAGCAAAAAUACAGAUGGAGAAAGAUGUUCGGUUUAAGGUACUGAGCAACAAUCACCUUCAGAUCCGUGGCAUAAAGAAGACAGAUGAGGGCUCAUAUACCUGCGAGGGUCGCCUCAUGGCCCGCGGCGAGAUUGAUCUGCGGGUCAUCAAGGUCGUUGUGAACGUGCUCCCGACCAUCAGGGUAUGGCAGUCAGAGGUGAAUGCCACAGCAGAUGUCGGGCAGCCUGCCAUGUUGACUUGUGCUGUUGAUGGCUAUCCUGAACCCAUGGUGACCUGGACAAGGAACGAAGCCGUUCUGGAGGCCGGAGAGAAGUACAGCUAUAAUGAAGAUGGCUCAGAAAUGACAAUAAUGGAUGUCACCAAGCUGGAUGAGGGAGAGUACACCUGCAUUGCCAAGAACAAGGCUGGGGAAAGUGAGCAGGAACUCAGUCUGAGAGUGUUUGUCAAACCUAAGAUCACGUACAUCGUAAACCAGAGCACUUCAGAGAUGGAGGAGCAGGUAACUCUGACUUGCGAGGCAUCCGGAGAUCCAACUCCCACUAUCAGCUGGAGCUUCGGUGAGCGCGUCUUCACUGAAGGAGAACAGGCACAUCUAAACAGGAUCUAUCAGGCAUCAUGGACUCGGCCCGAGCAACACAAGAGUCUGGAUGGAAAUGUAGUGGUGAGGAGUGAUGCUCGCGUGUCCUCCCUCACUCUGAAGUAUGUCAAGUAUACAGACGCUGGUCAGUACCUCUGCACAGCACGCAGUGCCAUUGGAGAGGAUGAUCAGCAGGCAUAUCUGGAGGUCCGCUAUGCUCCUAAGAUCCAUGGUGCAGUGGCAGUGUAUACCUGGGAGGGAAACGCUGUCAAUAUCAGCUGUGAGGUCAAGGCUCAUCCCAAUGAUGUAUCUAUUGUGUGGCUGAGAGACGGACUGCAGCUCCCCAACUCAAACACCACUAACAUUAAGAUCUUCAGAACUCCAUCAUCCAGCUACCUUCAGAUAACCCCAGAGUCUGAAAAUGACUUUGGGAGCUAUAACUGCACUGCCUCAAAUGAGAUGGGUACGGAGUCCAAGGAGUUCCUCCUCAUUCAGGCCGAGGUGCCAUCAGCUCCAUCCAUCAGUGAGGUGAGACCCUUCUCCACCACAGCACAGAUCCAGUUUGAGGAGCCCGAAUCCACUGGAGGUGUUCUUAUUCUGAAAUACAGAGCAGAGUGGAGGACUCAAGGAAGGGGCAGCUGGGUGCAUAGAGUCUAUGAGGAUGGCUCCAUCAGUGAGGUGACUAUCACAGGCCUGAAGCCAGAGACCAGCUACGAAGUGAAGUUGUCAGCCAUCAACGGCAAGGGUGAAGGUGAAAGCAGUCCCGCUGAGUUCUUCAAGACGGAGCCUGUCCGGAAUCCCAAUCCUCCUAAACUCGAAGGGGCACUUCAACCCAAAGGCAACUCGCUCAAAAUCAGCUGGAUCAAGCAGGACGACGGCGGCUCGCCCAUUUUACAUUAUCUCAUCCGCUAUAAACCACUACAGGAACCAGAUUGGAAGCCAGAAAUCCGGCUGCCCAGCGGCAGCGAGUACGUGGUUCUGAGUGCUUUGGAGUGGGACACAGAAUACAGCGUCUAUGUGGUGGCAGUGAAUCAGAAGGGCAAGUCCAAGCCAGCAACCAUGUCCUUCAGGACGUCCACAAAGCCAGAAGCCAUCCCAGAUUUGGGUGAUGAGGCAGCACUCUCCAUGGGCAUCAUGAUCUGGGCAGGGAUCCUUGUUGUAGUAUUUGUACUCCUGCUGCUGGCUGUGGAUGUCACCUGUUACUUUGUCAACAAGUGUGGCCUCAUAAUGUGCCUCUGCGGCAAAUCCGGCACCGGGACUAAAGGACACCACUUGGAGGAGGGCAAGGCAGCUUUCAUGAAAGAUGAGUCCAAAGAGCCAAUAGUGGAAGUCAGGACAGAGGACGAGUGCACAGCCAAUCAUAACGCAGCGGGACCGACGACAGAACCCAAUGAAACCACACCUCUCACAGAGCCAGAGCUGGCGGCUUACACUGCUGCUCCGGCACUGGACACGCUCUCCUCCAUAGCCACCAACUCUGACACAGCCACUGCAACAAUUGACCCCGCUCAGGACAGCCCCUCUAGCGAGACCACUACCCUCACUUGUAGCCUGUCUACCCCUGCCAACGACCCCUCAGAACCCUCACCCACCCCUAGCCCAGCUCCGGCCCCGACUCCAGAGUCGAACACCGCCCCGCCGACUCCGCUCAUCACCACCUCCGCCGUCGAAGCUAAAAUGGCCCCGUUAGUAGAACAAAGAGGAAGUAACAGCCCGGAAGAACAGGAGAAAAUAACCACUCCUCCUCCACCUGAACGGACUAAAGUUCAAAAAGCGGGGGCGCCGAUACCACCGAAGCGUAGACACUCUCCUAAACUUGCCGCUCUGAAUGCUAAAGGUAGCCCCCCUGUAUCUCCGCUGGUUGCGUCUUCUCCAUCGUCCUCUCCCACUCUCGACACCAAGAAACCUGCUCCGAGCCCACCGGUCAAGAAGCUACCCAUAAAGCCACACGACGUAGCCUUAGACAUCGAGACGCCAGCACAAACUGCCUCCACUCUAGCAACCACUGCCCCUCCAAAACCAGAUGCUGAUUCAAAUCCAACUGCCCCAAAUCCCAGUGCGUACAGCCUUACUGCCUUUGACACAAAUAAUAAACCUGCUGCCCAGCUUGUCGAUGAAAACAUAUCCACUGCCAAAGAUGCUGCAACUAGCUCUCCUUCAGUCAUCCACAAUACUCUUAAAGUCCUGGAUGCUGAAGAAUCUGCUCCUCUGGUUUCAGAUGUCCCCUCCCCUCUACCCAUUACUCCCAUUUCUUUUAUUCCUGCCCCUGGCGGUCUCGAGGCGCCGGCCUCAAAUGAUUUCCUCACAUCGGGGUCCGACACCUAUGACUUACUUACCUCAGCCGUGGGACCCAAAAAUGCGGAUUUAGAGUUAGCGCUGACAAACGGGACAGAGAGACCCUACCGGCCCCCCGCAGACCUUAUUAGCUUAGAGAGCCCGCCCUCUGCCCCCUCUAUGGCCAAUGGAGACGGAGCAGACCUCCCCCCCUCAGGCCCAGUUCUGGAGGCAUCAGAGACUCUGGCCAAGACUGCUCCUCCUGUCAACGAUGAGAAGAUUUUCUCUGAUGAGAAAGGCAAACUGGAGGAGGCCCUGACGGAGAUCACUGCAGAACACAAGAGUGUCAUACAGACAAAUACCACCGAGAGCAAAGCAUGAUGGGCCGGGGGAAACCCCAGCCCAACCCAAAACAUUUUUCGCAGCAGCAUUGAGCGAGAAACACUGCAGGAGUUUUGAUUUCCAGUGCCCUUAACUACAUAUUUAAAACAACACACAUGUGUCGAUUGGUUACAGCGCACUUUGACUGUGCUUUCAUUUCUGGUUUCAUUCAUGAAAUGUUUACUACACCCAAGGAGUUUAUCUUUAGGUCAUAAGAGAUUUAUUUUAUUUUUUUAUUGUUAUUUUAUUUAACCAGUCAGGACGAUUGAGAACAAUCUCUUAUUACAAUGAUCGCUUGGUAAAUAUAUGAAAUUAGACUCUACUUUCUAUUGUGCUUAUAGUUUGAAUUGCAAUCGCAUACAAGUCUUGAAUUAUGAGAAAUGUAAAAAAAAAAAAAAAAAAUCUGACUCUAUAUAUAGAAAUUAUUUUUCUUAUUUUCAUGUUCAACUGUUCAAAUGUGAAACUGUUUGAAUUUAUUUUUUUUUUUGUUUGGACUUAAUUUGUGGGCUAGUCUCAUUGAAUAGCUUGUUCUGCAUGUCUGACCUGCAAGUGGUUGUAAAGUUUUGUUUACAAGGUUUAUGUUUUCACUUUGUCUGUUACAGGGAUGUGUCAUCUCUCACAGAUACGCUGGCAUUGAUUUAACACAGGCCCCAGUUCAAUGUUUGGAUUACAACCAUAUUUGCUAUGGUGAUAAAAAUACAGGAUUAACCCACAGCCAGCUGCAGGGGAAAAGAGACCGACGGAGAAUCACACAGACUGUGUGCAUGAUCAGAUCAGAUCUGACCCAUUUUAUGAUCAAAUGUAUUCAGUCUGUCACUGCCUUACCACAGUGUUAGUUCAAAAUAUUCAUUAAUAAUGUGUAUUUGAUUAAAAAAGGCAACUCACUGAACACAAACCGACAAAAAAAGAAAAAAAGCCAGCAGAACUGCUGAUUCUCAGCCAAGGGUUGAAGAACCGUGAAUCAAGCGAAUGUCGUAUGAUCUUGCGCUAAAUAUACGCCACGUAUUUGUUUAGGGGGCAACAACUACAAUAACUAUUGUUUCUUCCUCACAUUAAAGCAGAUCAAAGGUCUGGCUUCGUACUUUGAGUUGUGACUUUGAAGCAAAAAAUAAAGAAGCCUUUUUGUACUAUUUAAAAACUACAAAAGAUUUAUUUUCCAUUUCCUGCCUGCAAGCUUGUGCACUGUGCCUGUGUGUCAGUAGAUUGUCUUGUCAUCAGUUCCUAUGAUAAUCUGCAUAGCUUUGUCGUGAGAGAUUUAGCCGAUUCUUUUUUUAUUUAAUAUAUUGUAUUACUAGAAGAAAAAGUAUGAUAAAUGGACUAAUGUGGUCAUUAUAACACGUGUAGUGUAUAAAACUGUCCGUCUCUGGUCACAGCACUAUAUAUCGCCAGCUAUAGUGAAGGAAGGUGUUUUGAGCCUUGGCAUGAAUUCAGUCAGUACUUCAUAACGUAUAACUACGAGGCAGAUAGACGUGCCCAUGUUUGUUUGGGGUAAAUAGUUCUCAUAUUGAUUUAAUGAGUGUUACCUUUUGGGGCUUGUUCUGGCAUUAUACACUGUUUUUAUUUUUCUCCCCCCAGUUGUUAUUCAAGUGUUCUGUAAUGUGGUCUUUGAAUUUUUCUUUUUUUUUUUAAGUUUUUGUCUUUUUGUACAAAAAUCACUCACCAAGAGC